AUGGAGGACAAACAAUUUCACUUGGGAAACCCCGCACUACCUGUUCCUGCAAGUGACACCCCGUCCUCUGUCGGAGAUAUCGAAGCUGCAGCACCUACAUCCUUUCCUGAAACGGCGAUUCCGUUAAGUGUUAGAGCCGAGAAUGAUAGCAUGACACAUUCUCACACUGCUGUUCAUCAUGCACAUGCAGGAUCUUUACUGCAACCAACUCACCUCGCUCAUGGUGAGACCGGAAUCCAGACCAUUCAGCCUAGUGCAUUGACAGUCGGAGAUGUCGAGGUGACUCAACCGGGCUCUGUUCGCCUUGGUCCGGCCGAAUUUGCCGUGACACUUCCGAUGGAUGCAAGGGUGAAGGACGAUUACGAGCGUGCGCUUACAGAUGGAGCUUCAAUAAUGCGCCAAUUUCUGGCUUCCUCUGGCCGUGAUCCUCAAAAUCCACACUCUGAUUCGUUAAAGUCGAAGAUUUAUGAACUAAUAGCUCGACUGAACAAUGUAACGACUCAUCCCGAUCUAAAUAUCGCUCACCACUUGAAUGAGGCAGAUUCUGGUCUUGACAAGCAGGCUUUGUGGGCCGAGUACUCUAGCACCAAGUUUCUGCUGCUCGGGCAUUUGAUUGAACUCGCGAGCACACAUGAGCUUCAUGUUAUCAUCGCAGUCCGAGAUGAUAAAAAGCAAGCCGUAAUCGAGCGUUACCUGCAGGGCAAAGGUUUCGACUACACUCGACCCCGGGAAGAGCUGGGCGGUAACUCCGAGGUAUCUUUGGUGAAGGGCUCCCUCAGCUUUGGUGUUCACUCCAACGACAAUGUGCGAGAUCUUUUCAGACCCCCGUCUGCAAUCCUUGUCUUUGACACUGCUUUCAAUCCGAAAAGUCCUUCUGUGGAAUAUAUUCGAACAACAUAUACCCGGAGUGGGGGUCUCCUUCCCGUUAUUUGGUUCCUUGUUUCCAACACGUGCGAACAUAUUGAGCGCUGUCUGCCAGAUGUGACCGAGUCUGAGCGAUUGCGACUGCUUCUGCAAUGCACAGCUCGGCUUCACGAUGAAGUGGGUGAUCUUCAGGAUGAUGCCUUGGGUGUGGAUGAGGAUGCCGAAGAAAUUUUCAAUUACUUAUUACACAGCUUCUCUGCUUGGCAGCUACCUAUGAUUGAGCCUUUGAACUUGCUUACUCCUGAAGGAUCCGACUCGACGUCGUCAUCUGAUGAGUCCCAAGUGGCUGCACAGAAGCGCUCGUUGCCCGAGGAUGACCAAAAAGACUACACGUCUAAACGUGCUAGAGUCGAUCUUCCAGAUACUAGCCAACUUACUCAAUCAACCAAAGGUCCCGACACAACUUUGGACCACGAACUGCAAAGUUUAGAGACAAAUCUUUUUCAAAUGAAAAACAACCAUGCUGCCGAGAAAGAAACGUUACAAAACGACGUGAUCGAAUGGCGAAAACGAUACUGGGAGCUGGAAAAGUCACUGGCAAAUGUUCAACAUCGCUACGAGACUCGAACGAUCGACUUCCACAAGGCACGACAUGAGCGUGACCGCUUGGAAGAUUCCAAGACUUCCUUGGAAGAACGAGCAGAGAAGUUCAAGGAGGAUAUCGCUAAACUAAAGGAAGAGCGACUCCAGCUGAACAAGGACCUUGAGAAUGCUCGCCAAGAACUCAAGAAUGGAGACGGCUUACUUGCUGAUCUUGAGGCAGCCCGCGAAGAGAUUCGCCUUCUUAAAAAGGAAACCGCGAGCCUGGAACGCAAGGCUGAAUACGAACGAAACCAAGCGGAAUAUACCCGUGAGCAGUAUCAGAACGCAUCCAACGCUGCUGCUCAAUCUGGCAAUGAAUUGCGUCAACUCCAAGCUGAGAUUGAGUCUCUCAAGCACAAAGUUGAGGGAAAUUCUAGCCGCCUACGAGAAGUCACCAACCAGAGCGAUUCAGCUCGUCACAUUGCCCGAAUCGAACAACUGGAGCUUACACUUGCCUCUCGUGACGAGUUCAUACGCAGAAAGGAGGAAGAGCUGCGAGACAUCCGCAAAAAUCGCCCUUCAACCCGUUCGACCAGCACACAGCCACGAAGCCCGAAGUGGACCGCUACAAGUCGCCCAACGAGCCCUGGGGUGAAUAAUGGAAAUGGAAAUGGCAAUGGCAAUGGAAAUGGUGGUCUCGCAGGCCGAGGCAGCAGCAGCUUGCGUUUCAGCUCAGAGGUUUUAUCGUAA